AUGCCUGUCACAAACCACACCGUCAGCAUGUCCACCGAGGACAAGUCUUCCUCGACUGCAAUAGAACAGGCGGAAGAAUGCGAUGGAUAUGAGCAUAACGAGUUCUGCAUCGUGUGCAGGGACGGAGCAUGCGGAAGCGAUGCUCUGUUAUGCUGCAACUACUGUCCUCGCGUGACCUGUCAAGAAUGCAUCAACAUACCGGAUGACAUCCGACAAGUUGUCGGGGAUCCUAACGUUGCAUUCAAGUGCAUCAUCUGCCACAUUGGCGAGCAAAAGGAGCAGGGGCAGGAGGGGCCAUACUUUGGUUUCUACCGGAAUGGACGUCCCAUACUCAAUGGAUUCCUCCCCAUCCUCGGCGCCCUCGAAAUUUCGCUGAAGGCCCAAAUCUCUUGCGCGCCAGUUCUCUUUCUCCACCUCAUUUUGGUGGACUUCGACGCCGUCGGCAGUCCUUUCGAACUCGCGUACCACUUCCUCAAGCCGUACUUUCCGCAAGGUGGUCUCCAAUAUCAAGAAAUAACGUUCGACGUUGCCACGAAUUCCAGGGCUGCGACAUACGAACGUAAGGUUAACAAACUGUUACAGGACCUCCUCCUGCUGCCUCGAUGGGCUCGCGUCGUCAUCGCCAUUACGAAUCAUGCGGACGACACCACCGGCGGGCAAUUCGCAGGAUAUGAGGGAAAGGAAUACGUCUCUGGAAAGGUACACCAUGUCCUUGACCUCCUCCUAGAACCGUGGAAAGAGAUCACAGAUCGCGCUCAAGAGUCAUACCUCUGGUUUUUCUCCUGCGGCGGCAUGCACCGCAGCCAUAAGAUCACCGCCACCGUUGCCUUCAGCGCGGCCACAUUCCAUCCCAGCUUCACCUCCCACCUCCUUCUUGCGUUCGUCGAGCUCGUCCUCAUCGAACGAUGCCCGAUUGUCAUUGCAUUCCCUCACAUGCUAGGGCAGUCGCACAAGCUGGGACGCCACACCGACAUCCUGUUCAUGCACAGGGACUCUGUGGGUGGAGCGCUGACCGUAGUGAAAUACAGCUGGGGGAACAUCGACGUACGCCCUUGGGGCCAGUACUUGCCGAUUCAGUGUCCUAACUGUGGUUGGACAAACGCUUGGCGAUCUGCGAACAAGGCGAGGGAAGUCCGUGAGGGUGUCAAUAGGCAUGAUUUGUGUGCGAAGAUGAACGCAUACAAGCAAAUGACAAUAGCCGGCUACAAUGAGCGGACUAUGCAGUCAGAAUCUUCCCGUGUUAGAUCGGUCCAAGGGCUCCCGUUCGUUCUGGUUCUUUGGAACGCCGACCGGCAUCCGACUGCAAGUGAUAGCAAGACAUUCAACAGCGGAUUGAAUUGGGCUAACGAGGGGCAGUUCAAAUGGCAAGAUCCUGCGCAACAGCACCAGAUACAUUCACAAAUGAAUGAGACUGACGUUGGGCUUUCAGAUCACCCCAUCCCGCAGACAGGCGGGGAAUGCCCCGCAGGCACGGUGUUUCGCCCCAAGACGCAUUCACAAAUGAAUGAGACUAACGUUGGGUUUACAGAUCAGCCCAUCCCACAGACAGGCGGGAAAUGCCCGGCAGGCACGGUGUUACUGCAAGAUCCGAUCUUAGAGUUUUCGAUUCCAACCGUACGCGCUGAAUGUGUCUUCGAUCUAAGGGCAGGCCGAUACACAUACGGCCCGCCGGAAGAGGUAGACAUGGUGGACUAUGAGACGCAGGAAGUCUACCAAAUCUACCGGGUGCCCGUACUAAAGGAUCGGAACGUCGAAGGAUACAUACCACUUCCCAUGCGAUAUCACGCAGUAUGGAUGGAGUUGUCGUAUACCAUAGUUUUACAUACUAACAUGUGGAGGCUUUGGGCGGGGGAGCAGAAGAAAGCAAAGAAGAACAAGAAGGAGCAAGCAGCGAGUCUCCGGCAGACUACCGGCACUAUGGUCGCCCAACACAUGUACGCUCGUUUGUUGGCCGUCGAUGAGUUGCUCGAAUGGCCAGGCAAUGGAAAUGGCAGGAUCAGUGUCCUUGACGAGUGGAAGAUUCGCUUCACCCGUGAUUGGUUCAACACUACGUAUGACAAGGUCAGUGAGGAUGGAGACAAAUACCUGAAGGCGGAUCCCAUCAGGGUAGAAAAUAAAACACUUUUUGAAGAGGGAUGGGAAUUAGAUGAACAGAGCAAGGAAUUGCUGUCGCCGCCCGAGGACCUCCAAGAUUGGUUCGAAGGCGAGGUCAAGGGACUGGAUAAGGCGUUCCAAAAAACUUUGAAAAAGCAGGCCUACGAUUUGUUGAACGAGCCUGACAACUACUAUCAGGCCCAAUUCGACGAUCGAGCGAGGUUACCAUCGAGGUGGCACGAGGGACACGAACCUGCUCCUUAUUUCUGGAGCAAGUCACAGUGGGACUGGCUCGCAAAAGGCAAUAACUUCAGGCAACAACCGAUUGAUUUGUUGAUGUACUGCCUCAAGGAGGACCAGGGAUGCACCAAAUUCCACCAGUUCGCACAAGUCCUGAAAUCCCUGGUCAGUAUUGUUAUUCCGGAGCCCAGCUGGCCUGGGAUUCUUAACAUUGCAAAUAAACUGUGGAUGGGAGAGAUGUUGUGGAGGGAAUUUGUCGACGACUUCAUUGACAACCACUUGGAUGCUGGUAAUGUCACAACAUUUAAGUUAUCGGAAGAUCCGGCGCCCACAAAUCCGUUUAACACGCUAGAGGCUCGUCUGGUCCUAGAAGGUUACGUUCGCCGUCAGAACUUAAAGACGGAUUUACCCUGGGAUGCUUUAGAUGGCGUCCUAUGGCGAUCCCUGACCAGAUUGUCAUCAGGGAUGAAAAAUCAGAAGGUAUGGGAAGAUGUUGUCAUGAAGAUUGUGGCAGGCAAGCCUGUUGCAAAAGUCUUGUCAAGAGUCACAAGGCGGAUUAGUGAAAACGAAAACCUGCAGAAUGCAGGGGAUGACACGGCAGAUGUAGACAAUCAGCCCCAUGAUCAUGAUUUCGAACGUGACACAGUAGACAAGGGCCCUGGAGGGGAACAACGAGCGAGUUCUGGGCCAUCCGGCGAUGACGCUCGCAUGGACGUGCAUGAUGUCCCACAUCAUUCUAUGCCCUCUCCCGACGUAGUACAGCCAGAUAUCUCCGCUGGGGACCGGUCAAACGCAAUGGAAGUUAUCACAAAUCCUCUUGCAGACAGAGAGCACCAGACAGAUGUUGUAGAACCUGCCGCUGGGCCGAACAACGACUCUCCCGACCAAGAUAUGGAUACGUAUCAGCCGCCGCCCCCCGUUGCACCGCCUCCAUAUUCGGCAACCCAUCCCCCAAUUCCUCCCCCAACAACAGAAGUGCCUCAGGGUGAUGUCGUGAAGGAGGCUGUAAGGCAGCUUACUGAAUACCUGCGAGACCACUCCUUGGAGCAGUAUCAAGCCACGCUGAGACGAUACUACCCGGCUGAUUGUGCAGCAGUCAUUAAAGACUAUGUGCAAGGCAUGGCGGACGAUGAUCUGACACAGGAAGGAUGCUUGCAUGGACAUUUUAUUCGCUUCUGCGACUCAUUGGAGGCAUCGAAGGCAAGGAAAGAGGCAGGAGAAAUGAUACAACAGCUCCUGUGA